AUGAAAGCCUCAAUCGGAAUGCUAGGUGGAUGUAAACACGUCUUCUGCUACGAUUGCAUCAAGAAGUGGUCUGAAACUAAACGAACCUGUCCUCUUGACCGUUUACCAUUUGACUCAAUCAAAAUACUACACGAAAUUGAUGGUGCAGUUGUGGAAGAGGAAAAGCUAGAACUACGGAGGUUGAAUCAAGGCAAUGGUUUUUAUAGGGGGGAUGUCGACAGUGACGUCGACAGUGACCACGACGUUGACGACAACGGUGAUAUUGACGAUGACGAUGACCACAAUAUCACAUCAGGUUUGGCUGUACGUGAUCCUUUUCGAAUUUAUCGUCAUUGUCUUGUGACCAUAAUCUCAACUGACCACUUGGGGCAAUCAAACACAUUGGCCCGCUGA